UACAAUUGCCUUUGCAUCAAUCUCUUCUGGUGGCCCCCAAACGCAACAGUCUCUUCUCACAUAUGACACAGAGCCGCCACCACCUCCACCGACACCUAGAGUUAGGCGGCCCCGCUCCAGUGCCGUAUAUACCUCUCCGAAGAAAAUUCGAUGAAAAAGAGUUUUGUGAUUUAGCGAAUAGUGUGACUGUCUUGGUUUGGAUUGGGUGUGCGAUAACAAUUGCAUGGAUUCCCCAAUUGCCUUCCAUCUCGGUGGAGUCUAUCUCCAUCACUGUCAUCGAUAUACCUUCCACAGGUACAAAUCAUCAGCAGGUAACUACUGCCAAUUUGGAGAUGGCUUUUCUGGUAGAAAACCAAAACCACAAUUACAGCAUUGCUUAUGACCACAUCAAUGUUCUAGCUUUCCAUCGCCAAAAAAUACAUAAGAUAUUCCAUGGCGAAAAUAUACAUGAAAUAUACGAUGAUAUAAAACUAAUCUCCGAUACAACGGUCGCACCAAUCGAGCAAGACAAUGGAACCAUUAUUAUUAAAGCUCAAAUGGAUGGUGUUGCUUUUGAUCAUUUGGUCAUGUACGACAGAAGAAGCUGGAUUUCUUUUCUCGAGUUUCAGUUGAUGACUCGGGUAAGAAUGAUAGAGGGCACGUGGACGAAAAGCACUGGUGAUAUGACCGCCGUGUGUAAGAUAUCUAAGAUAGUCAUUUCACCAAAUGAAACACGGAAAAUUGACUUUCAACCACCCAGCAUAUGUUUUGUUCCAGCAUAUGUUUUGUUGAUGGAAGCUGGAGAAGCUCUUUUCUUUUUAUGGUAACAUUUUGCAUGAUUUUUUGUAUGAUUAUUUUUGCAGUAUUUUCUCCGAGUCCACGACUUUUGCCAGUUAG